UCGAAGAUUCAGGUCAUGUGGUAGAAGUUCUCGUUUCAUGCUUCUCUUAGCCAGGAGAACACGUUUCUUAACAAAGGUGUUUACAACUGCUUUUUUGCCACCAAAAGCAAUUUCAAAGACCUGUUUACACCGCCAGUUAAGGAUUUUUACUGCUAUGUCUUCAAGCGAUCAGAAUUCAGCUCCAAAUGAUCAGUCAGUCGUGUCUCAACUCGGGCCUGAUGGUAAGCCAUUAUCUAAGAAAGCGAUGAAGAAAUUGGAGAAAGAAAAGGAAAAGGAAAAGAAGAAGUCUGAACGCGAAGCUCAAAAAGCAGCUGAAGCUGAAGCUCAAAAGGCAGAAGAUUUUGCAAAGGAUAGCUAUUGUGUUCUCCCAUUGAUCCAGUCAAAGGAAAAAACAUCGCGAAAAUGGACCAAAGUUCAAAACCUGACAGCAGACCUUUCUGGACAAAAAGUACUUGUCAGAGCAAGACUGCAUACUUCAAGAGGAACAGGAAAGCAGUGUUUCAUUACCCUAAGAGACCGCCAGUAUACUGUUCAAGCUAUCUGUGCUGUUAGUAACAUUGUUAGUAAACCAAUGGUCAAGUUUGCUGUUGGGAUUAACAAGGAGUCUAUUGUGGAUGUCGAAGGAGAAGUCAAGAAAGUUGACCAGCAAAUUAAGAGUUGUAGUCAACAAGAUGUUGAGAUAUCUGUGGAAAAGUUGUUUGUAGUCAGUUUGUCAGAGCCUCGACUACCACUUCAGAUAGAAGAUGCAUCCAGACCUGAUACUGAUGAGCUUGCCCAUGUCAAUCAAGACACUAGACUUGACAACAGGAUUAUUGAUCUAAGGACCAUCCCAAACCAAGCAAUAUUCAGCAUAGAAGCUGCUACGUGCAAAUUGUUUCGGGAGUAUCUUGAAUCUAAAGGUUUUCAUGAAAUCCACACACCAAAGAUUAUUUCAGCUGCCAGUGAAGGUGGAGCCAAUGUGUUUGAAGUUUCUUACUUCAAAGGAAAGGCAUACCUGGCUCAAUCACCACAGCUUUACAAGCAAAUGGCUCUGACUGCAGAUUUUGAUCGUGUUUACACCAUUGGAAGUGUUUUCCGUGCUGAAGAUAGCAAUACUCACAGACAUCUAUGUGAGUUUAUUGGUUUGGAUGUUGAGAUGACAUUCUAUGAACACUAUCAUGAGGUGGUCAGAACCAUUGGAGAAAUGUUCAACUAUAUUUUUAAAGGUCUUCAAACAAGAUUUGCAGAUGACAUUGAAAAAGUGAGAAAACAGUACCCCAGUGAGCCAUUCAAGUUCCUUGAACCAAGCUUAAUUCUGGAGUAUCAUGAAGGAGUGGAUAUGCUAAAAGCUGCAGGUAUAGAAAUGGAUUAUGAUGAAGAUCUCAGCACUCCAAAUGAGAAGCUGUUGGGUAAACUAGUAAAACAAAAGUAUGACACUGACUUCUUCAUUCUGGACAAAUAUCCACUAUGCGUCCGUCCAUUCUACACUAUGCCUGAUGCACGGAAUCCAGUGUUGAGUAAUUCUUAUGACAUGUUCAUGAGGGGGGAAGAGGUACUGUCUGGUGCUCAGCGAAUACACAACCCUGAUUUACUGACAGAGAGAGCCAAACACCAUGGUAUUGAUUUAGAACAGAUAAAGUCCUACAUUGAUUCGUUCCGUUAUGGUGCACCUCCACAUGCAGGUGGUGGAAUUGGUCUUGCAAGAGUGGUGAUGUUGUACCUGGAUCUGCACAAUAUCAGGAAAUCAUCCAUGUUCCCACGUGAUCCUAAACGUGUUACACCUUGAAUCAAUUAACRUUAUUAUAUGCAUGUGAGAAUACUGUUGGAACUAUCAUGCAAUAAACAUGCAUGUAUCAUGUGGAAUUAAAUAAAAUUCAUUGCUGUAA